GCUGGGGGCAGCCUGCAGCGUCACUAAGAUUUGGCAUCACAGAUUAUGUCCAUGAUUUACUAAUCCUUACAUCUUUGGAAUAUGAGAGGAAACCAGAGCACCAGGAGGAUGCUGGGGGCAGCCCGCAGUGUCACCAAGAUCUGGCACCAGCAGAUUAUGUCCACAACUUACUAAUCCUUACAUCUUUGGAAUGUGAGAGGAAACCCACGCAGUUAUGGGGGAAAGUACAAACUCCUUACAGACAGCCGCAGAAAUUGAAUGCUGAUUCUGAGCCUCUUGGCUUGCUGGUUGAUUUCUCACCGGAUGGUAUGAUGGAUAUGAAUGACAAUGAAAAUGAUCCCGACUUAGAAGCAGAGCUUGCAAUGAUUACUGCACAAAAGCCAGCUGUUAAAGGAAACCCAAAAGGAAAAGCCCCACUCCCCAUGGAAGCUAUUGAAAAAAUGGCUGCACUGUGCAUGAAGGACCUCGAUGAAGAAGACAGUGAUGAUAAUAUGGAUGAUGAUGACCCGGACUUGAUGGCAGAACUGAAUGAGGUGCUUGAAGAAGAGAAACCAAACAUGAAUAUCACUUCCCCUGAAGAAGCUAAGCCUACGACUGACAGAAUUCCACAGUCCAGUACAACAGCUGCAGAUGGGCUGGAAGGCACUUUGAUGGAGAGGAUUGAGAUGUACAGAUGUGCAAUAGACAACGCUAAACAAUCUGGGGAAAGUUCCAAAUUACGAAGAUAUGAACGUGGCCUUAAGACUCUACAAUCAAUGCUUACAUCUGUGAAGAAAGGGAAGCAGAUUAACGAAGAAGACAUCCCACCUGCUGUGGCUUCUGGGAAAAGUAAUAACACAACUGCUCUGCCCAUCUCAGAGACCUCAACAUCUUUGAUGGAGGAUCGGUCUCCAGUGACAGACCUUCCUGUAUCUAGAGAGCCCCCCAAGCCUGCAGCAAAAUCGGCAGCACCUCCAUUGUUACCCAAGCCAAAGAUAGCUGUACCCGAGGUUACUCCUCCAUCAGUCAAGAGGCCAAGCACACAGGCACUGCUGGAACCUGCAAAACUCGGAACAGCCACCCCUGUGCCUAAUAACGAAGUACCAGUAAAUUCCAGCAUGAAAGAGAGUGCAGUGAGCCGGCAAAGAGAAUACAAACUAGCCGCACUGCAUGCCAAACGUAAUGGGAACACUGAGCUUGCAACAAAAUACUACCAAAUAAGCAAGAAAUUUGAUCCCUUUCUUGAGGCACUGGAUAGAGGAGAGACUGUGGAUUUCACUAAGCUGCCACCCCCUUUUGAUGCUAUUCCAAAGGCCCAGCAAUCAGUCCCAGCUCCCUCAGCUCCAGCAGCCUCUCCUGCUCAGUCAGUGACUCCUUCAGCAAUUCCUCCUCCCCCUAAAGAUAUCAUGGAAGCCCUUCAACAAAGAAUGGACAAGUACAAGUCGGCUGCUGCACAGGCUAAGGGUGCAGGCAAUGACCGGAAAGCAAGAAUGCAUGAACGCAUAGUUAAACAAUACCAGGAUGCCAUUCGAGCACACAAAGCUGGAAGGAGUGUUAACCUCAGUGAACUUCCUGUGCCACCAGGUUUCCCACCUCUUCGGGGAUCAGAAAAUAAUGCUCAGAAUCAGAGCAUUGUGGGAGUGCUGGAGAGUGCAAUGAAGCUAGCUAAUCAGGAGGUGGAUGAAGAUGGUGACCACGAGGAGGGUGAGCCAGCACAAAGGUCUUCUCAGCAAGCACCCUCUCGGACAUCAGCACCAAGGGCACUGCCAGCUGCCCCCAAUGGCUCUGAAAAUCCUGCACCAAAGCAGAUGUCAGGCAAAGCUCAGCAGCAGUUGCAAUUCUUGCAGAACAGGAAAAAGCAGUUCAUGCAAGCAGCCCUGAAGAAGAAACAGAAGAAUGACAUAGAGGGAGCUAAACUGUAUCUUCGGCAGGCUAAAGGCCUGGACCCCAUGAUUGAGGCUGCCAAAAGUGGGCUUCCUGUAGAUAUUACAAAGGUACCAGCACCCCCAGAAAAUGAGGAGGACUUUGUGUUAGUGCGGCAAAGAGGAGUACAAGUACCCCAGAAAACAGCGGAACAAUAUGGGCAGCUGAUGGAAGUUCUGAAACAACAGUAUGAGAAAUGUAUGAAGUACUCCAAGCAAUACACCCACCUUGGCAAUGUGGCAGAGACCACCAAAUUUGAGAAAAUGGCAGAUGAUUGUAAAAAGAAUAUUGAGAUCCUGAAGCAGGCCCAUGCCCAGGGCUACCCAUUACCCAGAUACCACCAAGAAGAAAGGACCUUCCAAGUAGUCAAGAUAUUUCCUGACCUCUCGAGCAGCGACUUGAUCCUUUUUAUCGUUAAAGGAAUCAACCUGCCUCCUCCACCAGGUGUUGCAUCAAAUGAUCUAGAUGCCUUUGUCAAGUUUGAGUUUGCCUUCCCAAACAUGGAAGAAGCACAGAAAGACAAAACUAACGUUGUGAAGAACACAAACUGUCCAGAAUUCAAAGAAAAGUUUAAAUUGAACAUCAACCGAGAACAUCGAGCAUUUAAGCGGUUGGUACAGACCAAAGGAAUUAAAUUUGAAAUACUUCAUAAAGGAGGACUUUUCAAGAAUGAUCGUGUUGUGGGAACAGCUCAACUUAAGCUGGACAAACUGGAAUCACGGUGUGAACUUCGGGAAAUUCUGGAGGUUCUGGAUGGCAGAAAGACCACUGGGGGUCGGCUGGAGGUGAUCGUAAAUAUCCGGGAACCACUGAGCUCCCAGCAGCUAGAGAGAGUGACUGAGAAGUGGCUUGUCAUUGAUGCCCAGAACUUGCCGGUGAUUGCGGUUCCAAAGGCAAAGGAGCGAAGGGAUGCUCCACAGGUCACAAGUGGAAGCAAGCCCUCCUACACUCUACAAAGCUUCAACCUGCUGAAAUUUGACAAAGAGCGCAUAGAAAGGAAGAUCCUCCAGUGUAAACAGGAACGCAGAACCGUUCCAGAAGAGCUCCUGAAUCAGCACCGGGAUAUUAAACAGCAGAUCCAGUGGCAGAACUCCCAUCUGACUCAAGGAGACGCCAAAGUUCUUAAAGAGUAUGUGACCCAGCUGGAGCGAUAUGUACACUAUUACACUGAUGCAGCUAAGCGACUUGGUAACGAAGGCAAACGGCAGGAUUUGGCCAAGGAAGCAUUGCACAAGAGGAAACUGGUAAAUGAUGAGCUGCAGCAAUUCAGACACUAAAGAUCACUGUAUUGGCCUGGUGCAGGGUCCUCCGCAUGUUCCACCCUGAGCCGUCAUUUGAAGCUUCUUCAUCACCUCAUGCAUCUCUAAGGUGAGCCAGCAUCGUUGGGGAGGCCGAGUGGCAAACACCCGUGAACUUAUCAGGAUCUGGGAUUCCCACCUUCUGGCCCUGAAGCUCCUUGGAGGACCUCAUUCCCACCCCCCUCUCCACGCACACCAAGAGACCGAGCGGUGCGGUGGCAGAAACUGCAACAGAGACUUGUCAAAAUGCCCACGGGCUGUGUGUGUCCCUGUGCUGAAGAUGCUUGGAAUUCUUGUCAAUAGAGACUGGAACGAGCUGGAAACCACAGAUUGGCUUGAUUUCCUCUUUUAUUUUGCCAGGGUCCUGUGAACACUCUUUCUUCUCCCCCUGCCCCUUUGCAGUGCCUGACCUCCCCCCAACAGCAAGAGGUGGUUUGUGAUGCUCUAUCUCAGCACCUUCUCGUGCCUGGACAAUCUCUACAUGAAAGGAUUAUUGUGUCCAGCGUGAUGUUCCCCACAUUUGUCCAUAUUUCAAUGCUGUUCCAAUUGCCCAGAGAACUAAACUGGCCCAGAUUUAUUAGUUCAAAUGCAUUUUAUCCAGAGCAAAGUUCUACCAAUGCAUUCCAAUCUUAUAUUUUUCUUGUUGAUAAUAGUCUUCCACCCAUGGAUGGGUGCACUUGAGCCAGCCUCUAAUGUUGUACUGGUUUCAGUAGUGUUUCGUAUUUGGCUUUUCAUUAAUUGAAUGGAGUUAUGUGCAGCAGCAGUGGGGGUGGGGUACACCUGGAAUGCUGAAAUAUUCACAGGGUUGUAUUGUCAGAGGAAAGCUGAAUGUCUCCUAGAACCCUUUAGGAGUUAAUACCCUGCCAUUUUGGAGUUAUCAGUCCAGGUUGGAGAUAGUGAUCCUGCCAGUUCAGUGCUAAGGCUGUUAAUAAUGUUCUAAGGGAAAUUGGCUGAAAAGAAUAGACUGGAUUCAGUCUUUAAUUGUGUGAAUGAUACUGGAAGCAGCUGGUAAUGUCCUUGCUAUAGGUAUUUUUGGAUCCAGGAAUGGCAUAGUUCCCCACAGGAUAAUGCAGUUUUUAACCCUAAGGAAUGGUUGGUUAUAGAAAGCCUUGGAGCUUCCUCAAUGGGCAUACUACAGCCUCCAAUUGUAUACAGCCCAUUCUGAAAAUGUUGCAGGAUACAUGCCAUUGCUGCCCAUCAUUAGCUUGUUGGGAUUUACAAAAUAUCACUGGACCAGGAGCAAUUACUUGUGACUGUAAUCCUUGAAGAAUUUUGAUCAUCCAGUGACUUACUAAGACAAUGGGACAUCUUAGUAAGUUGUAAUCCCAAAUGGCCCUGAGUUUAGACAGCAACCUGUUUGGAGUCAAAGGCUGUUUUCAGUCCUGGGCGGAUUAUGGAUUUCCGCCAGCCCCUAAGUUUGGGAUGUUCAGAUAUGGGCUUAUUAGACAAUUAGACACCUGAGUUCCUGUUAUACCAGGCACAUUUUCAGCCUCCAGUGAGAGUUGUGAGACCUUCAACCUGGCUCUGAGAAAAAUGACUCCUGAAUUGCUUUCUGGCUUUCUAAUCCUCCUCUGCCAAAGCCCCAGCCAAUUCCUAGGCUUGUUUCAGGAGCCUUGCCCAUCCGCAAUGGACUGUCGAAUGCCCAAAGUAUCUAGCCCAUUGUGGAAUAGAUACUUUGGGGCAAUGCAGCUCUGAGCUUUGAUCCUGUUGAGAGAAGCAAGUAAGAAAAGAAACAAGUUCUUUCCGAAGUCCACUAACUAAAGGGGAGCAGACUGGUACUUUACAGUCUCUGCGUACUCAAUGUGAGCAUGACUAAUAUCCACCUCUGCUGGUACAUGUAAAUCCAGUGAGUGAGCAGUGAAGCACUUCUGUGCUCUUCCCAACGAGGCCCAAGGUAUUCUAUGGUGCUGAUGCUGGGAGCUGCCACUUCACUGUGCCUGCGUGGUCACAGCUUCUGCCUUAGCCGCUUUCCCCGAGACAUUUAUUUGGAUAUGACUAGCACAGAGAUGAAGCCACAGAAAUACAGCAGCCCAACCACAGCACAAAGUGAUUGAAAUCAGAUGGAUGUUCAGCUGGCCUUUUGAUUCAAGGAUUAAGCAGGGUAAAUUAGAUUUCAUCAAUGAAUGGUGUGAGAAAGAGGGAAUGUGGAAUUAGAAAACAGGGGAAAUGAGGGAAAUGAGUCAAAGGCUGUUUUCAGUCCUGGGCGGAUUUCAGCCAGAGACUGGUAAUGAUGUGGAACUCGCUGCCUGUGAAAAUGGAGUUUUCAGGAUUCAGGAAUCAAUAUUAUUUAUUGUAAUUUUUCAGAACAUGAGUGUAAAGGGGAAACAAAAUUAUUGCUACUCUGGAUCCAAUGCAGCAUAAUAAAACACAAUAAACAUUAAGAACACAAUAAAGAAACAAAUAUAGAUGCCAAAGCAAUCCUGUAAAUCAUAAUGUACAAUGCCAUCCAGCUGUUUGCUUCCUCCCUGGCUGAAGAAGCACUCACUAACAGUACAAGUGCUGGGAAACUCACUGUCACAAUUAGCUUUGCGGCAUGAACACAGCUCGAUUAUUAUCCUAAUAAGUAUAUAUUUUUAAUCAAUAGGUAAUUGAGAGUACAUUAAGUUGCACCAGAAUAUAAAAUGUAUAUUUAUUUAAAGCAAUAAUUUGGCAUUACAGCGAGUACUGAUGGAUAGAACAAAAAAAUACAACUGCAGAUGCUGUGAAUCAAAGAAUACGUACACAACGCUGGAAGAACUCAGCAGGUCAGGCAGCAUCCGUGAGAAAAGAGUAGCCAACGUUUCGGGCCAAGACUCUUACUGAUGAAGGGUCUCGGCCCGAAACGUUGGCUACUCUUUUCUCACGGAUGCUGCCUGACCUGCUGAGUUCUUCCAGCGUUGUGUACGUACUGAUGGAUAGAACGUUAUUUCCAAUGAGUGCCCAAGAAUGCAAAGUAUCUAUGUAUGCUUAUAAACAAACAUUUUAACAUUAUGUAAAUAUUAACUGAAAUUUAAGGCUCUAUGAGAAUUUUGGAUUAAGAUCAUAGGAUGAAACUACAUCUGCACUGCGGCAGAGUCGGUCUUGGUGUUACCUCUCCUUGGGUGUAAGGAUGCUAUGAUAGACAUGAGUCAGGUUACUGAGCAUACUUUCUGCCAUGACAGGUAACGCCCCUGAACUGCCUUGAGGUUUUAAGGUGAUGUUCUGAUGUUUCCAAGGCCUAUUGAUCCCUGAGCAAAAUGGAACCAUG